AUGCUUUUAAACCGAGUUAUAGGUGCACAGAGUGGAGGUUUAAGAGCGGCACUUUUAGCGAAAAUGGCAGGCUAUGGUGGAGCUGCAGACGGAACAGCUUAUAACCCUCAAAGUCAAAUGAAUUUGAGUUCACUCAAAAAUCAAAUAACAGAUGUCAAAAAGUCAAACAUAGACAUACAGAAACAAAUAAGUGAAAACGAAAAGAAACUAGAAUAUGACAGACACACAAAGAAACUCAAUGAGUUAAACGUAGAGAAAAAGAAGAAAGAAGAACAACUGAAAGAACUAAGUACAGAGGAAUAUGCGAAAAAAGUGUCAGAAAAAGCAGCAGAAGUAGCAAAAAUGGAACAAGAUGUUAUAAAUUUGAAAAACCAUACUACUCAAUAUAAAGUACUGAAAGAUGAAGAAAUAAAACAAAAAGCCCUGAAGACAUAUAUGGAUAGCGAUGAGUAUAAAAAAGAAGUUGAAGCAAAUGUAAAGGCAGAAAAACUUUUACAGUUGCAAAACCAAACCGUACAGUAUGAAAACUUAGCACAAGAAAGUAAAAAUAACGACGCAGCCAUGCAAAAGGCAAUGAAAAGCGCAGAAUAUAUAAAAGCUAACAAUGACUGGUUAGAUGCCCAAGCCAACGCCAAAGCAGCCCAACUUAUAGGGUCAAUAAGGACAAAAAUACAAGCGGAUGAAGACAGUUCAAAUGAAGCUUUAAUGAAUGCUGACUUUAAGAACGCCUUCGAAGCUCUUCAUAGUAAGGUGAAACUAGUGAACGACUUCUCAUCUGGAAAGAAACUGAAGUCUGAAGGUUUCGACAACGAGUUAAGAGAAGUAGCACAAAAUAUGACGAAAAUAACAGAUGCAGCAACGAGACAGGCAGUUCAAAGUGCCUAUGACGCCGUUAGAGCAACUGUUGUGGAAAGUCAAGAAAAAGAGUUACAACAGACCAAAACAGACCUAGUAAAUGCUUUCUUAAAAACGAAAAGUCAG